AUGUCAUUCAUUUUGGUAGAUGCUUUGUCAGUGGCAAAUUCAAUAAUUACCCUUUAUUCAAAAUGUGGGCUGUUAACAUCAGCUUCAAUUGUGUUUCAUGGUAUAACUAGAAAAGAUAUUAUAUCUUGGAGCACUAUAAUCGCUGUUUAUUCUCAAGGAGGUUAUGCAAAAGAAGCAUUCGACUACCUAUUAUGGAUGAGAAGGGAAGGGCCAAAACCAAAUGAAUUUGCUCUUGCUAGUGUGUUGAGCGUUUGUGGAAGCAUGGCACUUCUAGAGCAAGGGAAACAGGUGCAUGCUCAUGUACUGUGCAUUGGCAUAGAUCAUGAAGCAAUGGUUCAUAGUGCUCUUAUUAAUAUGUACUCAAAAUGUGGAAGUGUACAAGAAGCUUCAAAAAUCUUUAAUGGAAUGAAAUUCAAUGAUAUUAUAUCAUGGACAGCCAUGAUUAAUGGGUAUGCUGAACAUGGUUAUAGCCAAGAAGCCAUUAAUUUGUUUGAUAAGAUAUCUAGUGUUGGUUUAAUGCCAGACUAUGUGACAUUCAUUGGGGUUUUGACAGCAUGUAGCCAUGCUGGAUUGGUUGAUCUUGGUUUUUACUAUUUUAUGUUAAUGACUAAUGAGUACCAAAUCAAUCCUUCAAAAGAACACUAUGGUUGCAUCAUUGAUCUUCUAUGCAGAGCAGGGCAAUUGAGUGAAGCUGAGCACAUGAUACGAAGUAUGCCAUUCCAUAGUGAUGACAUUGUGUGGUCUACCUUACUCAGAGCAUGUAGAGUUCAUGGGGAUGUUGAUCGUGGAAGAUGGACAGCAGAACAGUUACUUCAGUUGGAUCCAUAUUCUGCUGGAACUCAUAUUACUCUGGCUAACAUGUAUGCUGCCAAGGGAAGAUGGAAGGAAGCUGCACAUAUAAGGAAGUUAAUGAAGUCAAAAGGAUUAAUAAAGGAGCCAGGCUGGUCUUGGAUUAAUGUUAAUGAUCAAUUGAAUGCAUUUGUUGCUGGGGAUCAGGCUCAUCCACAAAAUGAACAUAUCACAACCAUUCUGGAAUUAUUAAGUGCAAAUAUAGGAGAUGCUAGGCAGGAAAUAGGUUCUCUUCAAGAUGUUGAGGAUUAGAAGACGACCACAUUGCUUGAAUAUAUUUGUGUUUCCUCUGAG